AUGGCCUCCCUAAUCCUCCACCACAUCCACCACCCAUCAAACACACACAAGAAACUACACUUCUUCAUCAACUCGGGCGGAAACGCCGGACUCGCGGCCGUUUGUGCCGCGCGCUCACUGUCAUAUCCGUGCACAGUGGUAGUGCCGCUGAGCACGUCACGGCUGAUGGUUGAUAAGUUGUGUGCUGCGGGGGCGACGAGGGUGAUUCAAUUCGGUGAUACGAUUGCGGCGGCGGGAGAGUAUAUGACUAAUAUCCUGAUGAAGGAUCAGAAAGAAGAGAGGGAAGGAGAAAAGAAAAAGGUGGAGAAGAUUGCGCUGCACCCAUUUGAUCAUGAGGCUAUCUGGGAGGGGAAUAGUACUAUCGUCGACGAACUGGCGGUGCAGUUACCGCCUGCGACAGACAACGAAGAGGAGCAGGAGGAUGAAUUGCCGAUGGAUGCGGUGAUUUGUAGUGUUGGUGGUGGCGGUCUAAUGAAUGGUUUGAUACAAGGUAUACAGCGACACCGCCGAUCUCCGAGAAAAGACAUACACAUCCUCGCCGUCGAGACGGAUGGGACGCAGUCUAUGAACCUUGCCAUAUCGUCCAGGCAGCUCGUCACAUUGCCCAAAAUCACGUCCAUGGCCGUGUCACUUGCCUGCGUGCGCGUUUCGCAGAGAACGUUUGAGUAUUGCAUUGACCCUCCGGAAAAAAUCAAAAUUCAUAGUGCGGUGUUGUCGGAUGCGGCUGCGGCGAGGGGUUGUUUGCGGUUGGCAGAUGAUGAGAGGGUGCUUGUUGAGUUGGCCUGUGGUGUUUGUGUUGAGGCUGCUGUCGGGGAUGCUUCUGUGAAGAUAAACAGUCGGAAGAGAGGGAGGGUUGCGGAUCGAGAUGGGGGAUAUGAUGGUGAUAUCAAGAAGAAAAGAGUAUGUGCAUCGCCGCUGGCGUGUCCGUCGGAUAGUGGAAUUGCGUCUUCUGCUUCGUCGUCAUCUUCUGAUACAGAGAGUGAUAUUGUGUCUGAUCAGUUGACUCCGUCAUAUCUGAGACAGAUGAUCCCGGACCUCACGCCACAGAGUCGUGUGGUGAUCAUUGUUUGUGGUGGAAGCAAUGUUACAACCGGGUUGGCGAGUGAAUGGCGAGAGAGACUAGCUAAUGGAUGGAUUUGA